UGGCGGCGCACGUAUAGAUAUUAGUAGCCUGCUUUGAAUUAAAUUGUUGUUAUUGUAAAAAAAAUAGUAAAACAUCUGUCGAAUGAGAGAGUGAUCAUGUUUCAUAUUUUGCGCUGCAGUCGAUUGACACCAGGAUCGGAUCGAUUCCUGCGAUAUAAUGUCAGUAAAGGCAGGGAUUUGCUGCUGCUGUCCAGCCGAUAUGGACGUUGUUCACGCCAAUGGACCACCUUUCAAUCCCCAUCCCAGCGCACCACCACUACCACCACUGCAGUCUUCCAGAUGUGGACCAAGGCUCAAAAAGCACUCCGACUCGUGACCCGGCAUCGCCUCAAGUCGCCCAGACUGGCCCUGACGUUUGCGGUGGGACCGGCUGCUUUAACGCUCACAGCAAGGCUGUUCAGCACGGUGGCUCACUGCAGCACCGACUUCAACAACAACGACAAACCUCCUGCUAAGGCACAAGCUAAAGAGAAGAUCCCAGAAUUCAGCUGGCCGCUGCUCUGGGAGUUCGUCCGGCCGCAGAUCCUCGCGCUAAUCGGGGCUGUUGUUCUUGCAUUUGGAGCAGCGGCUCUGAACAUCCAGAUCCCACUAAUGCUCGGGGACCUGGUGAACGUCGUCGCCCGGUACACAAGGGAAAAUGUUGGAAAUUACCUGAGGGAUAUCCGCGCACCCGCGUUCAAGCUGCUCAGCCUGUAUGGCCUCCAGGGUUUGUUGACCACCGGGUACAUCAUCCUCCUGUCCCGGGUCGGAGAGUGCGUCGCCGCCGAGAUGAGGAAAUCGCUCUUCGCGUCAUUGCUCAGACAGGACGUGGCGUUCUUUGAUGCCAAUAAGACGGGACAGCUGGUGAACCGUCUCACCGCCGACAUCCAGGAGUUCAAGUCAGCAUUCAAGCUGGUUAUUUCUCAGGGUUUACGAAGCGUCACGCAGACGGUCGGCUGCUUCGUCUCGCUCUACGUCAUCUCUCCGAAGCUGACGGGACUGAUGAUGGUGGUGCUGCCGUGUCUCGUCGGUGCUGGCGCCCUCAUCGGCUCCUUCCUGCGCAAGCUUUCUCGCCAAGCCCAGGAACAGGUAUCGAAAGCUACAGGCGUCGCCGACGAGGCUCUCGGGAACGUGAGGACAGUGAGAGCCUUCGCCAUGGAGGACAGAGAACUGGAGACGUACGCCACCGAGGUAGAGAAAUCUGCUGCGAUGAACGAGGCGUUAGGAAGAGGGAUCGCGGUGUUCCAGGGUCUUUCUAACAUCGUUUUAAACUGUUUGGUCCUCGGGACUAUCUUUGCCGGCGGAUCCUUGAUGGCGCAUAACGACAUGACCCCGGGUGACCUCAUGUCCUUUCUGGUUGCCUCGCAAACGGUUCAAAGAUCCCUGGCCAGCAUCUCAAUUCUGUUCGGGCAGAUGGUGCGGGGGAUGAGUGCAGGAGCUCGUGUGUUCGAGUACAUGACCCUGGAACCCACCAUUUCACUGACGGGCGGGAAACGGAUCGCACGCGAGUCUUUAACGGGAAGAGUAGACUUCCUGAACGUCGACUUUAGCUAUCCGACGAGACCAGGCAACCAGGUUUUGAAGAACCUCAACCUGACUCUACCUCCAUGUAAAACGGUGGCUAUUGUUGGAGAAUCUGGUGGAGGUAAAUCCACGGUGGCGGCGCUGCUCGAGCGCUUCUACGACCCGAGUGGUGGAGCCGUCAUGCUGGACGGACAGGACAUCAGGACGCUGGACCCGUCCUGGCUCAGGGGUCACGUGAUUGGAUUCAUUAGUCAGGAGCCGGUCCUGUUCGGCACCACGGUGAUGGAAAACAUCCGAUUCGGUAAGCCGGGCGCCACGGACGCUGAGGUGACGGCCGCAGCCAAGCAGGCCAAUGCCCACACCUUCAUCACCAACUUCCCUGACGGUUACGACACUGUGGUGGGUGAGCGAGGUGUGACCCUGUCAGGUGGGCAGAAGCAGCGGAUUGCCAUCGCGCGUGCCCUGGUGAAGAACCCCAGUGUGCUGAUUCUGGACGAGGCCACGAGCGCGCUGGACGCCGAGUCCGAGCGCGUGGUGCAGGAGGCGCUCGACCGGGCCACAGAGGGGCGCACCGUGCUCAUCAUCGCACACCGCCUCAGUACCAUCCAGGGGGCGGAUCUUAUCUGCGUCAUGAACAGCGGCAGAGUGGUAGAGGCUGGAACUCACCUUGAGCUGCUGAGGAGAGGAGGUCUGUACGCCGAGCUGAUCCGGAGACAGCGAGCCGCUAACGACCAAAAGCCCUGAAGCCUUGAACCGCAGAUCAGCGUUACCUGGACAGAAACAAUAUGAAUAACCGCAUCAUUGUAUAUUUAUUAUAACAUCAUGCUUUUAUAAUUCCACAAUCAUGAUCAGUGUUACACGCAUUCGAUUCGAAGAGUCAACUGGACAUCUUUUAAAUGAUUAUUUUUAAAAAUCUGAUAUUUAAAAAUAUGGAUCAUUUCCUCGUUGUGUAUAUUUACAUCUGUGUAUAGUACAUGUAAAAUUUUUAAUCUGUAAAACAAAAAUAAUAAUAAUAAAGAAUAUGAAUAAAUACA